AUGGAAGCCGGGACCAGAUCCUACGAUCCCAUGCUCAGGAUAUGGAUGGACGGCGGAGGAACGACGCCGCCACCGACGAUGGCGAGCGCCGGGCUGGGCACCAUCCUAUCGCGCGCCCAAGCACACGCCUCCGGGGUGUUGGAGGUCCUGGAGCCGCUCAUCUACUUGUACGGGGGGCUCGGCCUGUGCUACGGGGCGUGGCGGUACUACAGCCGCCGCACCUGCCUGCGCAAGUACGGCCGGGACAUGACGGCCGCCGCCGGCCGCCGCGAGGUCGACCCGGUGGUCGGCCGCGACGACGAGAUCAACCGCGUCAUCCACAUCCUGUGCCGCCGCUCCAAGAACUGUGUGGCGCUCGUCGGCGCAGCGGGGGUCGGCAAGACGGCCAUCGCCGAGGGCCUCGCUCAGCGCAUCGCUGCCGGCAACGUGCCCCCGCAGCUUGCAGGUGCACGCCUGGUGGAGCUCGAUCUGGCCGCCAUCGUCGCUGGGACCCAGUGGCGCGGCAUGUUCGAGGAGCGCAUCAAGGCCGUGAUCAAUCGCGCCGAGGCGUCCAAGGGCAAGAUCAUCCUUUUCAUUGAUGAGAUGCACAUGCUCAUCGGAGCCGGCGACUGGAGAGGCCGCAGCGACGCCGCAAACAUACUAAAGCCGGCGCUAGCCCGCGGCCGUAUCCGCUGCAUCGGCGCCACCACCUACGACGAGUACCGUGAGCACAUCGAGGCGGACCCUGCGCUCGAGCGGCGGUUCCAGAAGGUGCACGUCGAGCAGCCGAGCAUGCCAGCGACCCUCGGCAUUCUGCAGGGGCUCAAGGAGCGGUCUGAACGACACUAUGGCCUGGAAAUUCAGGAUUCCGCUAUCGAGGCUGCAGUACACCUCGCCGACCGCUAUAUCACAGGUCGUCAAUUUCCUGAUAAGGCGAUUGAUCUAAUUGACGAGGCUUGCACAUGGGUAGAAGGAAAACCGGGUGCAAUUGUUAACCCCGAUCUUGUAGCACAGGUGGUAAGCCGAUGGACUGGAAUCCCUAUAGCUAAGCUUGAUGAAAGGGAGAAGGUUAAGUUAAUGCACUUGGCCGACAGAUUGCACAAGAGAGUAAUUGGCCAGAAUGAGGCGGUCGAGUUGUUAGCAACUUAA